GGCGUGGCGACGAGUGACAAACAGCUAGGGAGGGGGGCGCUUCAGUCGUCAGUCCGCCGUCAACGCUCUAGCGGAUUGUACGUGUCACGCGACUGUGUUGUGAGUGAUGUGAAUUGGAUCGUGAAGUGUCAAUAAGUGAUUUAAACUGGAGAAGGAUAAUUUACUGUGGAGCAACAUGCUCACUUCAAGCAAUCAGUAUUUGAGACCUGAUUAUUUGUCGCCGCUGCCAACAACGCUCGACGCGAAAAAGAGCCCGCUAGCACUACUGGCGCAAACCUGCAGCGCUAUCGGCGCUGACUCACCGAACCCGAAACUCAUCUCUGCGGCUGAAAAAGCGAGCAAGAAAUACGAUGAAAAAUCGGUACACGUAGAUAACAAACCUAGUUUCAAACCUUACGAAUCGUGCCUGACGAGAGAAAAGACUCGGACACCUGAGGACAGAGCUUCUGUCAACCCCCAAUCGAAGACACCAUCUUCGAAGGGAAGCGCGUCGACUACCCCAGUUCAAGCUCGAUGCAAUAGCAACCAAAGUUCAUCGUCUCUAAGAACUUCGCCCCCUUCGCAUCGUAAAACACCAUCAGAAAAAUCUGAAGAAAGGUCGAGUCCUAUGUCCUCACCGGCAGCUCAGGUGAAGUCAAAUUCCGACUCAACUAAUUCAUCGUCCAAGUUACCAUACUCAAGUAGUCUAACGUCCAGUACAGAAACCAAAGAACACUCAAGUUUCAAACCGAGCGUACCUGUUUCUUCAUCGCCAUUUCUAGGAGGAUUACCUCCUUCAGGCUUUCCUCUGUCCAUGGAUCUAAUGACUAGUAGUCUCAUGGCUGCCCAGCACCAUGCCUUAAAAAAUGGUCUGAACCCGUACUUAGCUUACGCAAGAAUGAAGCAACCCGGAAGUGAUUUAGGAAUAUGUAGAGACCCAUACUGCACUGGCUGUUCUUUAAGUUCGCAUUUGCUCAAAUCGGCGGUGUGCCCAGCGGGUUGUACGCAGUGUGACCACGCUAAAAUGCCGUUUUCUUUACCAUCCGGUCACCCCGCGGCGGCAGCAUAUGCCCACGCUCAGCUAGCAGCAUUGGCAGCUGCCUCCCAACUUCCUUUUGUAUGUAGCUGGAUGGCUGGAGACACGGCUUAUUGCGGAAAACGCUUCGCGACAUCCGACGAGCUUUUGCAACACUUACGGUCACACACGGCGAGUGGCGAAUCAAGUCCUAGUCUAUCUAUGUUGAGUGCGACACAUCCGCUCUUACAACGAACAUAUCCAACCCCUCCCUUAUCGCCAUUGACGCCACGGUUCCAUCCAUACAGCAAGCCGUCUCACCUCGUCUCAUCACCGCCGUUACCUUUCCCGCUGCCGCCUCAUCCUUCACUGGCUGCAUAUUUUCCAUCUUACCCAUUAUUUGGACCGAGACCGCUGCAUCCUUGAGGACCAUCGGCGCUCCACAUAAACAAAAAAGGGGGCGCCGAGCACUAACGCCCAAGCCAAAAGGACCCAUGAAACUGGAGUUAAUGUAAAUAUACGGUAGUGUUCUUCAAGUUUCCAGUCGGCUCAUAUCAUCAGACAUUGCCCAGUGGGGCGCGACAGCUGUGAUCUCUAACUUAAUUCGUGAUGUUAUUGUGCACUAAUAACUCGCUUCAUUCCGCGAGCGUGGACUUUCGUUUAUAGUUAGAUUAACGAAAUUUUAUGUACCAAAUCUAGUGUGUAAUUAAAAUAGUUUUUAAUUUUAUUUGUUAGCGAGGACUGUUGAAUGUGUUUGUAUUUUUAAUAUCCACUUUAUUUGGCUAGACAUUAACUCACAUAUCUUUGCAAUUAAUUAAGGAUACGCUAUGCGCUAAAUGAUAAAAUGUUACCGCAAUAAAACGCUGCUAUUAUUUGAAUAGCGGGCUUUAAAUCUCACUCUGAUAAAAUCUUUAUAGCCUCGAACACACUUAAAUUAAAAAUUUACAUUUUAAUGUUGUUUAAAGUGGCACCGUUUUUUUGUUCGGAAAUCUUUUAAAGAUUAAAGUCAUAAAUAAACAUUUUAAAGCAAAAGCAGUUAACAAGCACUAGAUUUUUUAAGUGAUAAUGUAAGCAUUGGUAUCUGUUGACAUAAAAAUUUGUUGUUAUAAAGGUCAUAAUAUUGAAAAAAUAUACGUAAAUAUUUAAUUUCGAA